GAAGGGUGUAACUCAGCCGGGAAGGGUGUAACUCGGCGGGGAAGAGUGUAACUCAGUGGGACGGGUGUAACUCAUUGGGGAAACUCGCGGUGUUGUGGUGCGCAGAUGGCCCGGGUUCAAAGACCAUUUGAUCAUACGUGACAAUCAACAGUACCCUAAAAAGGUGCAACACGCUUGGGAUUGGCUCUGGAAGUCUGGGACUGGGUCACCCGCUUGGUAUUAAACUCUUGACAUGCAAAGCUUUGGGGUUGUUACAUGGCUGAGCAGGGUGACCCAGUUGCCCAAAACAAGCCACACUCCACCCACACAUAUGGCCAUCUGCCCAGCCUGUCCUUCCCUGGGUGGAACAUGGGCUCUGUGGGGGUAAUCUCCUCAAAAGAUCAGAACCUUGGUCUCACGCUCACGAAACCAUGGACUUAACACACCCGAUACAAAUAAUCGACUAAUCACUGUCUCUAUCUGGACCAUGACGAUUAGAUGAAUCAGGUGUGUUACUGCAGGGCUGUAUCAAAACCCUGCACACCCACUAGCUUUCCAGGACAGGAAUUGGAGAGGUUGUUAACCAUGGUCUAAGGUCAUGAUGAGGUACGUUAACCCUGUUCCAAUGGUCUAAGGUCAUGAUGAGGUAUGUUAACCCUGGUAUAAUGUUCUGAUGAGGUAGGUUAACCAUGGUCUAAGGUUCUGAUGAGGUAGGUUAACCCUGGUCUAAGGUCGUGAUGAGGUACGUUAACCCUGUUCUAAUGGUCUAAGGUCAUGAUGAGGUAGGUUAAUCCUGGUCUAAGUUCGUGAUGAGGUAGGUUAAUCCUGGUCUAAGUUCGUGAUGAGGUACGUUAACCCUGUUCUAAUGGUCUAAGGUCAUGAUGAGGUAGGUUAACCCUGGUCUAAGGUCGUGAUGAGGUACGUUAACCCUGUUCUAAUGGUCUAAGGUCAUGAUGAGGUAGGUUAACCCUGGUCUAAGGUCGUGAUGAGGUAUGUUAACCCUGUUCUAAUGGUCUAAGGUCAUGAUGAGGUAGGUUAACCCUGUUCUAAUGGUCUAAGGUCAUGAUGAGGUAGGUUACCCCUGGUCUAAGGUCGUGAUGAGGUAGAAUAAACCAGGGCUGGAUCAAAAGCCUGCACACCCCCAUACACUUACCCUUCUCACACUAUUGUGCCGACCCGAACCGUACUGUGCUAGCGCGGAGAUGUUCCUUUCACAUUGUCCUUACCAGCAACGAUGAUGAGUUAGAUUAACACUGGUCUAAGGUUGUGAUGAGGUAGAUUAACCCUGGUCUAAAGUCAUGGUGAGGUAGAUUAACCCUGGUCUACAGUUGUGAUGGAGUGGUGACGGUUCCAGCAACCAUGAUGGAUGCUUUGAGAUCAACACAGACAAACACAAAAAUAGUACUGAGACCCUCUGACCUCCAUAACUCCAACUCCAACAGACUGCCAGGUCUGUCAGCACCACAACAGUUAAAAACUUCUUAAGGAUUGGACCCCAUGCGUUUUUAAAAUAUGUAUUUUGAAUCAUCUUUGAAAUGCAAGAGAAAGGCCAAUAUAUGACUUAGGAAUCUAGGCGCAACAUAGAUUUUGGCCACUAGAUGGCAGCAGCAUAUGCACAAAGUUUUAGACUGAUUCAAUUAACCAUUGCAUUUCUGAUCAAAAUAUUGUAUCAAGACUGCCCAAAUGUGCUUAAUUGGUUUAUUAAUACAUUUUGAAGUUCAUAAUUGUGCAUUCUCCUCAAACAAUGGCAUGGUAUUAUUUCACUAUAAUAGCUACUGUAAAUUGGACAGUGCAGUUAGAUUAACAAUAAUUUAAGCUUUCUGCCCAUAUCAGAUAUGUCUAUGUCCUGGGAUUUUUUUUGGUUACUUAAAACCUCAUGCUAAUCACAUUAGCAUACGUUAUCUUAACCGUCCCGUGGGGGGGGGACUGAUCCCGUAGAGGCUAACCACUAGGCUACCUGCUGCCCCGUGCACAAAGCGAGAUCCAUACAGAAAUGGUUUGUCGAGAUCGGUGUGGAAUAACUUGACUGGCCUGCACAGGGCCCUGACCUCAACCCCCAUCGAACACCUUUGGGAUGAAUUGGAACGCAUACUGAAAGCCAGGUCUAAUCGCCCAACAUCCGUGUCCGACUUCACUAAUGCUCUUGUGGCUGAAUGGAAGCAAGUCCCCACAGCGAUGUUCCAACAUCUGAAGCCUUCCCAGAAGAGUGGAGGCUGUUAUAGCAGCAGAGGGGGGACCAUCUCCAUAUUAAAGCCCAUGAACAUACUUUUGUUUUUUUGGUCAACCUUUUUUCUGACCUAUUUCAGUCAUGAUUCUUUAGGUUUGUGUAUAUAAACUACAGUACUGGAAGCAUCAGCAUAGUAGGGGUUUGCACUUUUUAAAAAUCAUAUUAAAGGGGAAAUCUGCAGUUCUAACAAUACAAAAUCAAUUAACGCCCACUUUUGCAGGGUAAACAGCUGAGGGAUGGGGCUGGAGAAUUGUAACCACUCUUAAAAUCAUGGACACAUCUAUGGAUGCAUGGGACUGACCAUCCAGGAGAUGAGCCAUGUUUUGAAGCUACUGUAUUUGUUUACAAUUACAUUGAUAACAAUCAAUGGAGUUAAACAACAAGCUCAUGAGGCAUUAAGUUAUACUCUUCAAGAUUCAAUGGCUAUAUAUAAUGCAUUUUAAAGUCCUCAAAUGGAGGUACAAGUCCCCUUUAAUAAAUCUUAAACAUAAGUCCUGAAGAGCCAUUCUCUGGUGUCCAAGUUACAGAAAACGUAAACUACUUUCCUGGCUCCAAUGUAUCAACAGUCAGAAGAUCUCUCCAUCCCAAAUCCCCAACCAACCCUAGUGGAACCAAACUGGGCCUGCGUUGGUCUUUUCACUCCUAAUUAGCUGUGUUAAUAGGAUUUGGCUUCUGGUGUUUCCAUGUUGUAAGACAUGCGAUUUAAACCACAGAGAUAUUUAGCCUCUGAAGCUGCAGAGGAGCAACACUUUGACUUAGUGUCUCUUGAACAGUAGUCUACCUACUACCUAACAACUCAUUGUCUUUCUAUCAGGACAUCUAUUGAUAAUCUAACGGGUCUUCAAUCACCUCAACGACCUGUCAAUCAAUCGUCCUGUAGGAGAUUUUCUUGUUUUGUUGUAGCACGUUUAGUGACUACAAACCUGUUUCUGUGUAGCGAGGUACCCAGGACAACGAACCACCAAGAUGUCGAUGGACGAGCCUGAGGAUCUGGAGAUGGAGGGAGAGGAGGGGAUAGACGCCAAGGAGCUGAAGAAGGAGCUGGCUGAGUCCAAGGCAGUUAAAGUGCUGAUGCUGGGUGCUGAGGAGUCGGGGAAAAGCACCAUCGUAAAACAAAUGAAAAUCCUCCACCUGGGUGGUUUUAAUAAGGAGGAGAAGGUGAUGUACAGAGAGGUGAUCUUUGGUAACAUCCUGCAGUCAGCUCUGUCCAUCGUCAGAGGCAUGGGCAUCCUGGGGAUCAAGUACGGAUCACCAGCCGCAGAGGAUGAGGGCAAGAAGCUGGAGAACCUUUCCAACUCUACUGAAGAGGGCACCAUGCCUCCUGAGCUGGCUGAGUGCAUCAAGAAGUUGUGGCUGGACCCUGGCAUCCAGGAGUGUUUUGAGAGAGCAGCUGAAGGCUACCAGCUCCUCGACUCCGCUCACUACUUCCUCAGUGACCUUGACCGCAUCACCGUGGCUGACUUGACCCCCAGUGACCAAGACAUCCUACGGUGCAGGAUCACGACCGGCGGGGUUAACGAGGAGAGGUUCAUCUGCAGAGACAUCCAAUUCAGGAUGUUUGAUAUGAGCGGUAGAAGAGAAGAGAGGAAGAAGUGGAUCCACUGUUUCCAGGGCGUCCAUUGCGUCCUGUUCUGUAGUGCCCUCAGCGCAUAUGACCUGGUGCUGCUGGAGGACGAGGAAAUGAACCGCAUGCACGAGUCUCUCCACCUAUUCAACAGUAUCUGCAACCACAGGUUCUUCGAGGACACCAUCCACGUGCUCUUCCUCAACAAGAAGGACGUCUUCCAAGAGAAGAUCAAGCAUGUCCACCUCAAUGUCUGCUUCCCCGACUACGAUGGGCCAAAUACAUACGAAGACGCCAGUAACCACGUGAAGAUGCAGUUUGAGUCUCUGAACUUGAAGCAGGCGGAGAAACCCAUCUAUACCCACGUCACCUGCGCUGUAGACACACAGGACGUGAACCAGGCCUUCGACACAAUCACAGACAUCAUCAAAAUCAAUCUAAAAGACGCCGGGCUGUUCUGAGGCAGCUCCUGAUUGAAGAACUUCCUUCCUUCCAUCCAUCAGCCAACCCCUUGGUUUUAUUUGGCCACUGUGCUGAAGGAGGUGGACAGUCGAUGGACAACUGCUUAUCGGCUGUCACCAUCACCACCUCCGAACCCUGGUUCCUCGGACGCUUCCUCUACAUCGACAGCAUCAAAGCCUUAACAUCAAGGCCAUUGGAUUGAAAGAGUAUCAAAACAUUUGUACAAAAAUUAAAUUUAAAAAAAGGAAAAUGACAUAAGGCAGCAGCAGGCCAUAAGCUCUUCUAUGAGUGAGGCAUUGGACAGGACUUAAAUUGUGGAAUGUACCUUUAAAUCCCUGAAGCUAGUGUUUUUGUCUUACCUUCAGUAGUCUCCUGUGGUCUCCAUUUUAUUGUUAAAAAAAAGUUAUAAAGUAAACAGUUGAAAUUUCAAUAUUUCAAAAGUCUAUUUUAAUCUAUUUUAAUAGAAUAAUAAUCUUACACUUUGUAAAUAAUUAGACCAAUCUUUAUUUUAAGAAAGACAUCUGAAGUACUGUGAGAAAGAAGGGAUCUUGUCUUUUUGUGAUGUGUGGACACAUAAAAUAAAGAUGCAUAUACUUCCCUG